AGAAAACUCGCUCCCCCCUUCUUUCCUUUUUCUUUCUCCCAUACUCUUGUGAGCUGCGUCAAGAAACCUCCAGAAAAACCCAGCCCCCCGUUUUGCAGGCAACCAAAAACAGCCCCUGUCGCCCGAAAAACUUGGGCAAGGCUCAACGUUUUCAUUACCCCUGCUACUUUUCUCGUCUUCUAGGAGUAUUUCUUGGUCAACACUCUCCCCUAUUAAUACCAUAAAUAAAUACGCCUAUCCUCCUGCAGGAUGGAUGUUUGUAUAGGAGUACAAAUUACCACUAGGACAAGACAAUCAUCAGUUGAAGCUUGUGGUCAUUUUUUGAAUGGGCUCGCUUUGUAAUACUUCUUCUCCGGUCCCUGCUCUCAAGUUUCGUGGAGGGCUCGAUCGUUGUGGUAAUCCCAACUCAUCGGUUGGUUCCAAUUCAAACAACGGUUCUGUACAAUUGCCGAUGGGGAGUUUUCCGGGCAAUUCUCAGCCGAAGAUCGUCACCGGCGAGGCCGGUUACGUUCUCGAAGACGUUCCUCAUUUGAUCGAUUACAUUCCCGAUCUUCCUACUUUUCCCAAUCCAUUGCAAGACAACCCAGCAUACUCAGUUGUUAAGCAAUAUUUUGUGAAUGUUGAUGACACUGUUGCAAAAAAGAUUGUCGUCCACAAGGAUAGUCCAAGAGGGACACAUUUUCGACGCGCUGGACCCCGGCAAAAGGUGUAUUUUGAGUCGGAUGAAGUCCAUGCUUGCAUUGUCACAUGUGGAGGCUUAUGUCCUGGUCUCAACACAGUGAUUAGGGAAAUAGUAUGUGGCCUCCACCAUAUGUAUGGUGUGAAGAAAGUCCUGGGAAUAGAUGGAGGAUACAGGGGUUUCUAUGCUCGAAACACAAUCGCUUUAACACCCAAAACUGUAAACGACAUCCACAAACGUGGUGGAACGGUGCUUGGGACAUCACGAGGUGGCCACAAUACUGGAAAAAUAGUCGACAGCAUUCAGGACCGGGGUAUAAAUCAAGUUUACAUUAUUGGAGGAGACGGUACCCAAAGAGGGGCAUCAGUGAUCUAUGAGGAAAUCAGAAGGCGCGGUCUCAAAGUUGCGGUUGCUGGAAUCCCUAAAACGAUUGACAAUGACAUUCCGGUAAUUGACAAGUCCUUUGGCUUUGAUACUGCUGUUGAGGAGGCUCAACGUGCCAUAAAUGCAGCACACGUUGAAUCUGAUAGUAUUGAAAAUGGAAUUGGCCUUGUGAAGUUAAUGGGACGCUACAGUGGCUAUAUUGCAAUGUAUGCUACUCUAGCCAGCCGAGAUGUUGACUGUUGCUUGAUUCCAGAGUCGCCCUUUUAUCUCGAAGGAGCAGGCGGACUUUUUGAGUACAUAGAGAAAAGACUAAAGGAAAACGGACACAUGGUUAUUGUCAUAGCCGAAGGUGCAGGACAGGAGCUUCUUUCUGAGGUCUUGCGUUCUAGUCAUCAACAAGAUGCUUCAGGAAACAAGCUUCUCCAAGACGUUGGGCUUUGGAUAUCUCAGAGUAUCAAGGAUCAUUUCUCAAGACAAAAGAAGAUGGCCAUCAACCUCAAAUAUAUAGAUCCCACAUACAUGAUCCGAGCUAUUCCAAGCAAUGCAUCCGACAACGUGUACUGCACACUUCUUGCACAAAGUGCUGUUCAUGGAGCGAUGGCAGGGUACACGGGCUUUACAGUGGGGCCUGUCAAUGGAAGACAUUGUUAUAUACCCUUCUAUCGGAUAAAUGAGGGACAGAACAAUGUGGUGAUAACAGAUAGGAUGUGGGCUAGGCUCCUAUCAUCGACCAACCAGCCGAGCUUUAUAACUGCUAAAGAUGUGAUUGAAGAUAGCAGGGAGGAAGAAGAGCCACCAAAGACUCCACAGACUCAGACGUCUGAUGACAACUCUGCCGAUGACAAGUUAAUGGUGAACAAAGAGAUGAGCGAGCACGCAGUUAUCGGUUAACGUUUUAGUACUCUACAGAUCGCUACUCGUAUCCAUCCAUAUUAUAUUAGGAUGAGAUAAACUUGGUGGUUGUAAUUAGCAAUAUGGUAUGAGAAAAUAAAUUUAUGAGGCUUUCCACGUGAUUAUAUUUUUGUAGGCCAACCUGAAAUCCAAAGCUUGGUAAUGAGAGAUAAGGUAUUGUAUAGCUAGAUGAUGGAGUACUAAAAGGAAAUUGUAUUGAGUACCUUUAUUUUCAUAUAUGGUUUACAGACAAACCUAUCAGCCAUCAGAAUAAAAUCACAACUCUUGACAUGUUUUGAGGCCCACGAAAAAUGUGGUCCUCACAGCAUGCGAGGGUGUUUGUUGUUCA